AUGGCGCUGUCAAAAGAGGUUGCUUCCCUUGGCGAUAAUGCCUUGGCCACAAUUGACUCGGCUCAGACCCUGAAAGCCUCCAAGGCGCUGAUCGCACACAUCAAGAAGGCAUCCAAGGAGAAGGCCCAGGAGUCGACCAAGCGCAACCUCCUCGACGACGAGGGCGGCGAGGAGGCGGCCGAGGAGACGCCCAUCUGGCUGACGCUCACCACCAAGCGCCACGUCGUCGACAAGGCGCGCCUGCAGCCCGGCAAGAUCGCCCUGCCGCACCCCCUCAACCAGGACGAGUCGACCACCAUCUGCCUCAUCACGGCCGACCCCCAGCGCGCCUACAAGGACAUCGUCGCCUCGGACGAGUUCCCCGCGGAGCUGGGCAAGCGCAUCACCCGCGUCGUCGGCCUCUCCAAGCUCAAGGCCAAGUUCUCCCAAUACGAGGCCCAGCGCAAGCUCCUCUCCGAGCACGACAUCUUCCUCGCCGACGACCGCAUCAUCAACCGCCUGCCCAAGGUCCUCGGCAAGACCUUUUACAAGUCGACGCUCAAGCGGCCCGUCCCCGUCGUCCUGCAGGCGGGCAAGCAGGCAAAAGUGGACGGCAAGCGGCCCAAGAAGGCCAAGGCCGAGGGGUCCGUCAACGCCGCCACCCCCGCCCAGAUCGCCAAGGAGGUCGAGAAGGCCGUCGGCUCCGCCCUCGUCAACCUGUCCCCCACGACCAACACGGCCGUGCGCAUCGGGUACUCGGGCUGGACGGCCGAGCAGGUCGCCGAGAACGUCGAGGCCGUCGUCGAAGCGCUCGUCGGCAAGUGGGUGCCCCAGCGAUGGAGGAACGUCCGCGGCAUCUACAUCAAGGGGCCCGAGACUGCCGCCCUGCCCAUCUGGCUCACGGACGAGCUGUGGCUCGACAACAAGGACGUCAUCUCCAACGAGGAGGCCGCCGCCGUCGCCGUCGCCCGCAAGGAGAAGGCCAACAUCGGCAAGAAGCGAAAGUCCAUCGGCCAGAGCGAGGAGGAGCCCAAGGAGGAGGAGGUCGAGGAGCCCCAGAAGAAGAAGUCCAAGAAGGUUAAGAAGGACCUGCCCGACGGCGACGACGACAAGCUCAACAAGCAGAUUGCCGACCGCAAGGCCAAGCUGAAGAAGCAGAAGGCGGCCGCCAAGAAGGCUCUGGACGAGUAA